GAAAGGCUGUUGAAACAAAAAAAAAGGGAAAGAGAGUGUGCACAUUGUCUGAAGAUGAUGACGACAUUAUCAUGGUUUCAGAAGAGACCAAGACCUCUGGCAAGCAACAGUGCUUGUUCCCACGGUAGCAAAGGCUCGUUGAAGAAGGUGCCUUCAUCUGGUGCUUCUGAUGGUGAUAAUGAUGAGCUCGUUAGUGUGGUUUCAAAAAUGAAUCAUGGAAAGGUUUCUGGAACCAAAGAUACAAAAGGAAAGGCUGUUGAAACAAAAAAAAAGGGAAAGAGAGUGUGCACAUUGUCUGAAGAUGAUGACGACAUUAUCAUGGUUUCAGAAGCAAAAAAACCUGCACUGAAGCAGCCAUCGCCUGAACCAGCCAAGGUGCCUGUGAAGAAACAAAAGGUAGAUGAACUGCCCAGAGAUAGUUCAAUACAGAAAGUAUUUUCUGUCAAGUCAUCAGGACAGGAUUCAUCUACAUUGACGUUCUCGAGCCAUACAAUCAUAUUAUUUGAUGAUGUUGACACCAUUUUUGAACAAGACGAUGGCUUCUGGAGUGCUGUGGAAUCUGUUCUGACGAUUACUAAGAAGCCCGUGAUCUUCACAGCCACCAGGAAUCUCAUGCAGAUCAGGACGAAGCUUCCCAGUGGCUGUCCAGUAGCUGAAUUUGCUCAUCCAAAGCCAGAUGAAGUUUCUAAGCUGGCUCUGCACAUCUUCAAAUCUGAAGGUCUGAAUUUGCCAUUCAGUGAUAGUGUCAGUUUCUUGCUGCAAUACUACCAUUGUGAUGUGAGGAAAUGUGUACUACAGCUGCAGCUUGAUACUGCACUGUAUAUACUGGGGCAACAUACUGAGCACAAUUUCCAUGCCGACGCUGUACCAGUUGGAGAUGACCUGUACAAGCUGCUUCACUCGAAAGUACUGGAUACGUGUGUAAUCACUCAGCGCAAGUUUGAAGAGCUAGGUUUGGACAUAACUCACCUCUGUUUGACUAAUGUUCUUCCAUUGUCCACAAUUCCUGUAACAAUGUCACAGGAAGUGGAUUCUGAUGACGAUGUGAAUGCAGUGGAGAGCAAUAAUGCUUUCGACUCUAGCUGGCUUUCUGAUGAAGGAAGCAGCGAUGCCCGUGAAUGCAAGCCUUUACCAGAGAGUUGCAUCAAGGAGGAAGCGCAUCCACAAGCUUCCUUAAUUAGGCAGUGUUUAUUUGAGCUCGCUGGUAUGUUUGAUGCCUUUAGCACUGUAGACUGCCUCUCUGGCUGUCUUGGCAGAUGUGCCUACAGUACUUCAAGUGUACUACCUUUUGACAGUGUAGAAGCAUGGCAGAAUGGCAAGACCUUAGCACCAACUGUAGAUGUAGGUGAGCUUACUGUGCCUUCUGCAGUGACUGAUGCCUUAGCUUAUAUAAAGAUGGGCUCUAUGAAGCUGGCAACUUCCAAGCUUGAGAAGAUACUCAACGGCAUAGCGUGUCCUGUCCCAGAGUUGAACUUGGUCAUUUCCCCUUCUGUUCCAAGUCUGUGUAACAUUUAUCAGAUUGCAGAGGAAAACAGGUUUUGGAGUAAAUGUCGCCAACAUAUCACAGACUCUGGGAUUCCUCCAUGUGCAGUGCUGAACAAACGUGCUGUGUCUGAUUACAUUGAUGCCCUGCAAGUAAUCUGCAAGUGUGAGAAGCGCCGAAAAAAACUGAAGGCUAAACGAGCACAGAGGUUUCUACAUUAUCUCAAUUCUGCAGGAAUAUUCUUGCCGAGUCACUUGAUCGCGGCUUUAUGCAAGAAUUUCUGCCUAUAGUUCUGAGGAAGGACACUCCAUUUGGAUGCCACAACCCCUUUUUGGUUGGUUAAAGCAUGCAUGAUGUGACUUCAGUCACAAGAAUUCAUUGUCUGCUAUUUUAUAUAAGUUAAUGGGGUCUUGCUAAUGGGAGGACUUUUUACACUGUUAAAAUAAAUGCAUCGUGCCAUGUCCAGCCUGCAUUUUUAUUGUUGUGCUACAUCUAUAACAGCCACUGUGCUUCAGCUGUAGUCUAGACAGACUGAUUUCACUUCAGUGUAGAACUCUUUGGAGGCGUCAGUGCCUUCACGUCCAACUCCAGACAUCUUCAUCCCUCCAAAUGGCAUGUGCAGGUGACGCACCAUCCAGCAGUUGCACCAUAUGGUGCCAACCUAGGAAAACAAUAUGGUGUUACGACUUUGGGCAUUUCAUAUUAUAAGCAUGCAUUGAAACCAUCAGCACAGCACUGAAGCUAUAGGCAAAUUUUGAGCAAGUAUGUGUUAUUUUAGCUUCUUUUAUGCUGUAGAGUGAAAUGCUGUAUUGGUACAUAGGUAAUAGUUUUCAUAAAAUUCAGUGUGCAUGAGAUGAACUAGUGCAGGCUUUUGUGACAUGUAAAUAUGUAUUCUGUCUUCUACGACAACUUGCUGUUACUAGAUGUGGAAAUAUAAGAUUGCUCCGGCCAAGUAACUGAGUUUGGACUUAAUUUAUUGUACUACAUUAAGACACGUUCCCUUUUCAAAAUCUGCCAUUUCCUACGACCGUUUUGUUUGGGAGUUGUGCACUUAUUAAGGUAUGAGAAUGGCAAACAGGUGUCUUGCUGUGUGUGAAAGCUUGUCAUGCCAGAAAGGAUGCAAAAAUGAAAUAUUGACAGCAAUGCCACAUUGAAAAUCCCAUCACCAGCUCCUUGUGACAAUGAAUUUUAGUAACCCUUCUGUUGGCGCUUGCUUACUGUUUACCUACGAAAAAUGUGUUGCAUUGCAUCUGAAUGUAAGCAAGCACUCGGCCUUGUAACCUUUAUGGAAUUUUCCUGCUCAGAAAGGAAUGAAAUAUGUGGAAAUAGUGAAACUUCAUGGACACAACCGCACUCAUGGCGCAGGCCCCCGGUGUGUAAGGUUUAAAACAUAUUGACCUUAAAAGGACUGUCUGCUAUCUAAAACGUUUCUAGGGCUUACGAUGCCAAUGGAAGAUCUCAAAAUAGGAAAAUUAUGUUUUUAUCCUUUAAUUUGCAAAAGGAUUACAUUAGCUGACAAAUGGAAAUGAAACAAACCUUCUACAAACACAUGUCACAAGCACAUGUGCCUUGCCUCCUUAGCAAUCUUCAAAAGACUGUCACUCAGCAGCAGCAGCCCGAAUACCAGGAAAUACUUUGAAAUCUGUGACUUGACACUAAUGUACUGGUGCUAGGGUUUCAGCUCAAAAUUAAAAAAAAAAAAAAAGUUU